UCAGCAAAACAUUCCAAACAUUAGCUAAAGUCACUUCUUUAAUUUGUUGUUGGAAGGCUGUAACACUCAACAAGAUCAUACCCUAAAGUGUGAGGAUUCAUUUACUGACAGAAUGCAGUCUCUUGUGUGUCUUUUGUCAUAUUUGACAGCUGUUAAAGCAGGUUCUCACUCGCUGAUGGUUUUUGGCACAUACAUUGCUGGACAGACACAGUUUCCCGAGUUCACUCUUCUGCUGAUGUUAGAUGAUGUGGAAGUGAUGUACUAUGACUCAGUAUCAUUGAAAGCUGUCCACCGCAGUCAGAGUAAUUCAAGUGAUGACAAUGGUGCGGGUAGUAUAUUCAGUGAUAUAUACGACAUCAUGAAAGAUCGAACAUUUUAUCUUAAGGACCACCAAAAUUGCACAGAUGGUUUGCAUGUUUAUCAGAAACGUGUUGGAUGUGAAUUGCUUGACAAUGAUCAGCCAGGUUUGUUUCUUUCAUCUGAUGCUUUUAAUGGCCAAAAUACUGAAGAGUUCACUUUUGAUGUGGUAAAAAGAACUAUGCAAAUUAAUUUACCAUGGAUGAGAAUAAAAGGCAUGGGUCAGAUGGAAUGGCUUCAUGUGAAGUUUCUGUAUGAACAUGUUUAUCAUCCUGUUUGCAUAAAGACUUUGCGGGCAUUCCUGGAAAAAGAAAAGAACACUGUGAUGCGAAAAUUGAAACCCAAAGUCAGACUCUUCAGGAAGCCUCUUACAGACUCUCAGGGGCUUCAGAUCAGCUGUCUAGCCACUGGUUUUUACCCCCGUCACAUAAACCUGACCCUGUCCAGAGAUGGUCAGCCUGUGGAUGAAGAUCUGAUCACAGGAGGACAGAUUCUGCCCAACGGAGAUGGAACAUACCAGAUGAGGAAGAGUUUGGUGAUCAGUGAAGAAAAGCAACAUAACGCAUAUUACAAAUGCACAGCAAACUACCUAAACCUGGACAACAAACUGGACAUUGCUUUUGAUGAGGAUCUAGAAAAAUCUGACUUUGGAUCCUCUGCUCUGUCUAUAAUUAUCAGUGUGCUGAUGUUCAUGUGUGUGGUUGUUUUCAUCAUAACUGCACUCAUCAAAUGGAGGAAGAGACGAGCUGAUGGACCAGGCUCCAGUACUUCACAUCACAGUGGAUAUUCACCUACUUCAAUUUCAGAACAAGAAACAACUUGAAAGAUUUAUGGCCUCAAAUUAGAAUCUUAUACAACACUAUUUCCUGCUACUACCCAUUCAGAUAGGUCUUGCAAGUGGGUUAUGCCAUUACAGCAACCAUCUCAAUAUGUAUUAAAUUAUAGUUCCAGAGAAAGUAAUAUAUAGUACUGAAAGACUUUUUGAAAUUUUCAUGACCGCAUUAUACAUGUCUUAUUAUAAUACAAUUCCAAAAAAAAAAAAAAAAAAAAAAUUCUUACUGGCAUGAAUAUCACUUUAAAUGUGGAGAAAGAAAGAAAGGUUUUUUUUCUUGCAUUUAUCUCAGAAACCUGACAUUUUAACUGUGCAUGUAAACAACCUCUGUAUUUGUAGGACAGCUUUAUGCAUAACUAACUAAUGUCAAAAUAGAGAGAAUAUUUAAAUAAUCUUGAUUACAGUCAAUAUUUCAGUAAAAUCGCAAUCCUCUAUGAUGCCUCAUUGUCUAUGUCCAUCAUUGUGUUUAUAUUUUUAAUGGUAGUUUCUUUCUGCAGUUGAUCUGGUUUGUGAGGUGGCAAAGCAUCUUCAUAGGAAUACACACACACACACACACACACACACACACACACACACACACACACAAACACAAUGCAUUUAAAUUAAAUUAAAUUAAAAGAAAAAGAGAAAAAGACAUGAUUGGUAGGAAAUCAGAAACGUAUCGUUUUUUAGUGAAAUGAAUAACAUCAAGUGUAUUUAAUCUUAUGAAUCACCUAAGACCACCUUGACAGAAUAUUUGUUAUUUACAAAAAAGAGGGCCUUAGCAAACUUCCAAGGAGAGAGACAGAUAAAAAACAACUUCUUUACAAUACUACAAUAACCAAGAUAUCAAUUUACAUCAUAUUACUUAUUUUAAUGAGUUCUUUCAGUUUGGUUGAAUUAAGGACAUAUAUCUUAUGAAACUAAUUUAGUUACAAAAUUAAUUGGGGUUAAUUACAUAAAUGUACUGUCAUGGACAAUUGGGUCUUUGGAGUCAAAAAUAUUGACAAACACUGCCAUAGCGAACACUGUACACAUCUUUGGAUGGUCAACAAACUACAAUG